CAUGGUUCAAGUUUGUUUACAAUCUUAUUUUUUUCAAAUUUAAUGGUAAAUAAAUGGUCAAUAUUUCUUUUUUUUAGUUUUUUCAUGAUUCUUUGUAAGGUUUGGAUUGACAAAAGAUACAGUUAUGCACUUAGUCUAAAAUUAACCAUAGCGGAUAUGAUUGCAAUUGGAAUCCUACACGUACUCACUUAAUCUGCAGUGCUCAUUUUAUUGGAGAUAAAAAGAGUGAGAGUGAGCUAAGUCCUAAUUAUGUGCCAACAAUAUUUUCAUCAAAGUUGCAGCAUAAAUUGAGUCAAAAUGCAUCUUUAAAUAGACAUGAGCGUUUCAAAAAGCGUUAUCUACAAAAAAGAUCACCAUUAAUUGUAGAUAAAAAGCCAAUCAGUUCUGUGAAUGAACUUAAGAAUUUUAAGCAUCUUAAGAAUUUGGAGUCAGAGGUAGCAGCCAAUUCAACAAGUGAAAAUGUAAUGGUAAAUAUAAUGGAUAUUAAGGUUGAAAUUAAGAGAGAACUUGAAGAAUAUGAUAAUGGAUUUAGUAGUGCAGAUGUACAAUAUAUGCAGAGUGAGUUAUCCACAGCAGUAGAUAUAAUAGAUGUUAAAGAUGUUAAAAAGGAAAAACAAGAGGAUGAUUCAGAUAAUAAGCCAAUCAGUUCUGUGAAUGAUCUGCAUCUGAACAAUUUGGAACCAAAAAUAGCAGCCAAUUCAAUGAGUGAAAAUAAAGUGGAUAUUAAGGUUGAAAUUAAGAAAGAACUUGAGGAAUAUGAUAAUGGAGUUAGUGGUAGGGACAUACAAUAUAUGCAGAGUGAGUUAUCCACAGAAGUAGAUAUAAUAGAUGUUGAAGAUGUUAAAAAGGAAAAGCAAGAUCAUUCAGGUUUUCCCCAAAUCAACAGUAAAAUGGAAACUGAAAAAAUAUCACCUAAACUGUCAUACUACAAAGAACAAAAUGUAAGUCAACAUGCUGAAGAAACCACAUUAAACAAAAGUAUAAAAGCUCAGAUGGGACAAAAACCUUACAAGUGUGAAAUUUGCUUCAAGACAUUUACUGCAGCACAUAAUUUAAAAAUACAUUUUCGAGCACAUACUGGGGAGAAACCUUACAAGUGUGACAUUUGCUUUAAGACAUUUUCUACAGCAAAUAAAUUGAAAAUUCACUUGCGAACACAUACUGGGGAAAAACCUUACAGCUGUGAAAUUUGCUUUAAGUCAUUUACUACCAUAAAUAUCUUAAAACAGCAUUUGCGAACACAUACUGGGGAAAAACCUUAUAAGUGUGAAAUUUGCUUUAAGACAUUUACUACAGCAGAUAAAUUGAAAAUGCAUUGUCGAAUACAUACUGGAGAGAAACCUUACAAGUGCGAAAUUUGCUUUAAGACAUUUACUUCAACAAAUAAAUUGAAAAUUCACUUGCGAACACAUACUGGGGAAAAACCUUACAGCUGUGAAAUUUGCUGUAAGCAAUUUACUGUAGUAGGUAAUAUGAAAAGCCAUUUAAAAGUACAUACUGGGGAAAAACCGUACAAGUGUGUAAUUUGUCUUAAGCAGUUUUGUCAGAAGGGCAAUUUAAUAAUGCAUGAGAGAGUACACAAUGUAGAAAAGGAUCACAAUGUUUCAAAUAUGUUGUAAUCAGUUUUCUCAGAAAAGCGAUUUGAUAAAGCAUAUGAAAAUAUACAGUGGGGAAUAGCAUUGCAAGUGUGAAAUUUGUUUUAAGCAAUUUACUAUUGGUAGUAAUAUGAAACAGCAUUUGAAAGCACAUACUGAAAAAAAAAAAGUAUUCAAAUUGGUUAAACAAUAAUUAAUUGAAUGCAUAAACGGUAUGACUAUAGAAUUGAAAAAUAUUGUUACUAUUUUGGAACAAAGGAAUCUUGUCCAAAUUUUAAAAAAAGUUCGGUCAGUUUUAUUCAGGUCUCGAGAUAUGGCCGAACAGCCUUUUUAUUUAAAAUGAAAAACAAUUAUAGAUCUUUGAAAAACUAGUAUGGUUAA